AGGUCACGGUGUCAGCGAGUCGACAUUAGCCGUAUACGAUUGCGUAUUCUUCAAUUUAUUACCAUAGAGGACCACAAACUUCAAAAAGCUUUAGUUCGCAGAAAAAAACAAGCCCCCCCCCGGGCCCUCGCCACUCACAAUCUCACCACCUCUUCUUCCUCCUUGUAUUACUCCAUACGCCUGACACAACAAUACGGUGGGAAUAAGGCGAAUUCGUGUCUAUUCCAAUGAUUGACAAUUCAUUUCCGUACAUUAUUGUUGAUUUUGGAACAAUUGAUUGAUGAUAGAUGUGAAUUUAUAGGAAAAUUUUUGUUGUCAUUUCAAAAUUGAGGGUUCUGAAAUCCUCUAAUGGACUCGAUUUGGGUAAAUGAUGUUGCCCCUGGCGUUCCGGAUUUGAUGUAUGCGAUUUACUUCAUAUUUGCUUUCUUCGCCGCCAGGUUCUUCCUUGACAGAGUCAUCUUUCGCAGGCUAGCCAUUUUGUUGCUGCGAUUGGGAACCACCCACUUGAAAAUUGAUGAGCCUACAAGCGCAAAAAUUAUUAAAUGCUCUGAAUCCAUGUGGAAGCUUGCAUAUUAUGGCACUAUUGAGUUUUGUGUCCUAAAAGUUGCCUAUCACGAGCCAUGGUUCCUAGACAUUAAGGAGUAUUUCAGGGGCUGGCCAAAUCAAGAGCUACAGGUUGGAAUAAAAUUUAUCUAUAUGUGCCAAUGUGGGUUCUACCUCUAUAGCAUUGCUGCCCUCCUCGUUUGGGAAACACGAAGGAAAGACUUCUCUGUGAUGAUGUCUCAUCACAUAGUCACAGUUAUUCUGAUAUCAUACUCGUACAUUUCAAGCUUCUUUAGAAUUGGGAUUGUUAUUCUUGCAUUGCACGAUGGAAGUGACGUCUUUCUUGAAGCCGCUAAAGUGUUUAAGUACUCAGAGAAGGAGCUUGGAGCUAGCUUGUUCUUUGGUCUUUUUGCCAUCUCUUGGUUUGUACUUAGGCUGGUUUUCUUUCCAUUUUGGGUCAUACAAUCCUCAAGCUACUAUUUAUGUGAGGUCUUGAGGCUGUCUGAGGUCUAUGAUACAAUGGUAUACUAUGUCUUCAACACAAUGCUCUUGACUCUACUUGUGUUCCACUUGUAUUGGUGGAUUCUAAUAUGUUCAAUGAUCAUGAGGCAGUUGAAAAAUAGAGGAACAGUUGGGGAAGAUAUUAGAUCUGAUUCAGAAGAUGAUGACUAGAUUAUGCUCAAAUCUUCUGCAGAAGCGUGUUAUCUUGGGAAGAUUGCAUAUGCCUUGUAGGUUUGUCACGGCGUCUGGUUCCUUCUCCAAUUAGGUAUAGGUUGUCAUCAUCUAAGUUUUUGUUCUCUUUUUCUUUUGAUUGUAGGAGAAGGUAAAAGAGGCGUCUAUUAUUUUAAUUAUAUUACAAUUUAGGUGUACAAACUAACAGGCAUCUCCUUGUAUAAUGUUCUCUCUAACCAGAUAAUGAAAACAAUUUAAGCAUACCAUCUUUGCUUA